UGCUGAGUGUUGGUACAAUUAGCUCUCUUAGACAGUGUGGACCUGUGAAGAGAGAGAGGCCACAUCAAGGUUAUAAAACCUGGAAAAUGGGCUUUGCGAAGAACAACCUGCUGCUAAACAUAUGUCUUCUAAGGACACAACGUUUACCCAUGCCCAUGAAGAGGCCACGUCUCUGGUCGAAUGCGCUUUCACACCGAUGAGGCAUUGUGCACCCUGUGACUCAUAGGCGAGGGCGAUCUCAUCGACAAUCCAAUGAGAGAGUCGUUGUUUGGAAACAGACAUGCCUUUUGUACGUCCUCCAAAUCAAACAAAGAGCUGAUCCGACAAUCUGAACUGAUGGGUACGAUCCACAUAAAUAUGUAAUGCCCGCACUGGGCAUAACAAGUGCAGCAUCUGCUCCUCAUCCGAAUUAAAUGGUGAGGUAUAAGAAAGCUUGUAGGCAGACGAACUGGGCCCUGAAGGGCGUGGAAAAAAACCUUAGGCAUGUAGCCUUUUCUGGGAUUGAGAGUGGCCUUCGAAAGACCCGGUCCGAACUACAGACAUGAGCUGCCUACCGACAGCGCGUGCAUAUCACCCGCACAUUUAUCUCAGGCUAGAGCCAGCUGGAGUGCGGUCUUAAGAGAGAGAACACAUAACUCAGAUUCCAAAGGAAUGGGGGGGCUUGUGAGCACCUUCAGUACCAGGUUCAGGUCCCAGGUUGGAACUGUAGCAGGGUGAGGGGGGUUUAGAUGCCUCGCUCCCUUGAGGAACUUUAUAAAUUAGAUCAUGUCUGCCUAUAGACCUUAAGCUUUGAUAGGGUGAGACCUGCGUCCAUCCGCUUUUGGAGGAAUGUGACGAUCUCAGCUAAUGAGCAAUUCACUGGGUCUUUGCCAUGCGAAGAGCACCAAUUUGCAAACACACGGCAAUUUAGCACUUAGAGUCAUCUUGUGGAUGGCGCUCUAGCCUGCAGGAUGGUGUUCAUAAGCGAUCAAGCUAAUCCUGGCAUGUUUGGAGGGCUCUGUUCAGAGGACAAACAUGCUGGUUCCAGAGCUCCGGCUGAGGAGAUCAGAUCGUGCCCUGUGCUUGAGAGAGGAGAUCCCUCCUCAGCAGUAUUUCCCAAGGGGGGGCCGACCAGUAGCUCCACCAACUCUAGAAACCAUGACUAAUUGGGCAAUUUCGGUGCAACCAGUAGAACCGCUUCCCUGUCCUCUCGAAUUUUGCAGAUGACAGAAUGGAGGAGGCAUACUGAAGAAAAUGCAUAUUUCCAUUUUGUGGGCCAUUUGUGAGCCAUGGCAUCUACCCCUGGCAGGCUUGGGAAAUGGAGUACCAGAGGGCACAGUAGCUUGUCUCCAUGGAGGCAAUCAGGUCCACUUCCGCUUUGCCAAAUAUGUCCCAAAUCCUUAGGACCAUCUGAGAAUGAAGCCUCCAUUCCCCAGGCAUAGCUCCCUGGUGAGACAUCAGAUCCACGCCACAGUUCAGGCGGACUGGGACGCUUUUUGCACGUAAGGAAAAGAGGAGGUGCUCGCUCCAAAGGUGCCAUGUCAGGCUCAACAUAGGCAGUGAUCGGAUUUCACCCUGAAGAUUUAUUUUACUACUGUUAUGUUUCCAAUCGAACAACAUGAAUGAAGCAGCCUCUCCGACCUGAGUGCGCGCAGAGUAGGGCAUGUGCCACGUCUUUGUGAGCUCUGCGUGGACCUCUGGGAAGUAUGACGCUACUCUUUGGGAUGCAGUCUUUUGACGGCGGCCGGACUGUAGGAACCAUUCAUCCAGGCGAGUACUUUCCGGGUUGACUGGAGAGGACCACUGUAAGCUGAGUUUCUUGACCGCCCUUGAGAGGAUGCAAAGCAGCUCAGUAUCAGUGGCUUGUGUAUGCUCUUCACCCUCCCCAUUAUCAGAUCCGGCAAGUGUAAUGAGACCAUGUGCUCCGACAGAGGGCCGGAGAUCCUCAUGGGUGUACUACAGGGGCGAGGAUGCUGCAUCAAGAGACCAAGGGAUGGAGCAAAUCAAACGAGUAAAUAAGCUUUUCAGCAAUGAUUGCAUAUUCCUGCGAAACACUCUCAAUAUUCCGGUUAAGUCAGAAAAACGUUCCCUCUUUAAUGGACUGUCUCUGGAGUCACCCGAUGGCGAGGGAAGCAUGCUGCAGGAGCCGCCCUGCACGAGUCAGGACAUGGACGUCCCGUCCCCCCAACCAGAACCAGCAGCUCCAGAACCCAACACCCGACCUGUGCAGACUGAGGAGCUAUCUGCGAAAGACUACUUACACCGGCUCGACUUGCAGAUCAAACAGUCCAAACAAGCCGCCCGCAAACUCAAAGAGGAUGGUGGGAGGGAGGAAGACGACUCGACAAACUCAAACUCAUCGUAUCAGGAGAUCUGAUGGAAUCUUCAUCAUCUAUUUACCUGGAGCACUGAUGAUGAUCCAUCCUCCUCCUCAUCCUCAUCCUCAUCAUACCUCUUCACCUGUUUUUUACUUGUCCUUUACCCGAACCAUGAAACAGGACCAUUCAUCAUGCUCUUGAGCUGAGGGACCAUCAUUGCCUUCUUCAGCAGUAUUAUAGUGAUUUUAAUUAUCAUUAUAGUUACAGUUCACAUGAUGAUUUAGAGAGCAAUAGCACUCCACAUGUAGAUCACAAAAUACACUUAUGAUAAACCUCUUCACACAGCCUCUGCUUAUAUGAAAUACUGUACCGUAUCUACAGUCUAUCCCAUAAUGUACUGUCUCAAAGAUAAAAAAACAAGCUCGGACUCUUGUGUGGCUGCCUGCUGAUUUUAAUUUAGAGUUUUUUUGUUUUGUUUGCUUAUAAAAGCUUUAUGUGUGGGAUUGAAAGGGAUAAAUAAUUCUGUUUUGUGUGUGUGUGUGUGUGUGUGUGUGUCUGAAUGUUGUUAUUGUGUGUUGGGGUUAACGGAAUGUUUUAUUGUGCUUUUGAUUUGGUUUAUGCAGAAUAAAUGCUUCUAAAAACUGAUCAUGAGAGCUUCCUGUUUCCCAGAUUAAUGCAGAUCUGUUGGAUUAUUAUAGGAUGGAACUCACACAUUAGCAUCACCAUGGAAACUGCUAAAAACAUCAAACACAGUAGAGAUCUGUUAGAUAACAGUCCCCUGAGAAAUAAUAAACACAGAUUUUAAAAGCUAGUUGGAACAUUUAUUUAGUGGUGGUUGCCAAGGUAGUUAUCGCUAUUAUUGCUCAAUUGAACAACACAGUAACCCUAAGUAUUACACGUACACUUUGCAUAACUUGAAUGAUGAAAUUUUGCAGAUUCUUGACAAGAGGUGUGCAAUUACUUUUCAAAAGUGAACUGAACUCUUCUGUUUUGGGAGAAAGUUCUAAACAAAUGUUUUGUUCGGAUCACACUAGAUUUACUGCUUUUGAUCCGAGGCAUCAUGCCCAUUCAUGCCCCCUCAAAUUUUUGCAUUUUGACGGAUUAUUUGAACAUUCAAAAAUGUAUUUCUUCUGUUGAUAAUUACAUUUAAUAAUUAUUGUAUGUAAAAUAGAAAUAUUCACACAUCUAAUUUGGUUAGUCCAAUCGAGUCACACGUUCUGAUGGGUUCCCAGCAACUCGCGCUCAUGGGGAAGUUCAAGCACCCAA